AUGACUAUCCAAUUCAAAAAGAAAGAACAAAAUCAGCUCACCAAAUGGAUUGGAGUGAGGAAGAAAUACACACUUUUGUAUAAGGCAUCCAGAGACGGGUGUACUAAUACAGCUUUCCAUAAUACAUGUAAUGAUAAAGGACCAACAUUGACAAUCUUGUAUAACACAGACAAUUUCAUGUAUGGGGGAUAUACCGCGGUCAACUGGAAAAGUGUUGGCAACUAUCAGAAUGAUGGUUCAGCUUUCCUCUUUAGAUUUUAUCAGAAUGGUAACUGAAAACCAGUGCGCAUGUCUGUCAUGAAUCCUCAACAUGCCAUGUACGAUAACGCUGCAUAUGGACCAACAUUUGGAGCGCAUGAUUUACAAACAUUUACGAACACUGUAAACUUUGAUGGAACAAACUUCUCGUUAAAUGGAUCAACUAACUUUGGAGUAUCCUACACUAUGAAUGGCGAAAACUACAACUCUAUCGCUAAUGGCCAUCUUCGAGUAAAAGACAUUGAAGUUUAUUUGGUAGAAGAUCUAGGUGGUGGGACACCACUAGACGAACCAUGGCGAAAGACUGCAAAAUGGAAUCCCAAGCUGCUAAACGAUUUGAAAGAAAGAGUAGAAAGAUACAAGCCGUUGAAGGAUUUAAAAGUUCCUCAGGCACGUAUUUUAUUGGUUACCGACCUAGGAGCAGGCAAAUCUAGUUUCUUUAACACCAUUAACUCCAUCUUUAGAGGUUAUAUAACCAGUCAGGCAUGCAGCGGUACCGCAGAACACAGCUUAACAACCAUGUACCGAAUGUACCAAAUCAGAAAUGGGCAAUCAGGGACACCAAUGAACUUUAGACUUCAUGACACCAGAGGACUUGAAGCUGACCACGGAAUUGAUUCACAUGAAAUGAAUUACCUUCUUGAUGGAAAUUUACCGGAUAGACACCAGUUUAAUCCUUCAGUACCAAUAUCAGGAGAUACACCAUGAUUUGUUGUUAGUCCUAGUCUAAGUGACAAAAUCCACUGUGUCAUAUUUGUACUUGAUGGAAGCAUUGUUAAUGUUAUUCCAGAGAAGGUUAUUGAGAGGAUGAAAAACCUACAGCUUCGUAUGAAUCAAAGAGGAAUUCCCCAAGUAGUUUUGCUUACCAAGAUAGACAAAGUGUAUGAGGCUACAGCUGAGGAUAUAUCCCAAGUAUUCUACAGUCCUGUCAUUCAGGAAACUGUAGAUAGAGUAUCACAGAUAAUGGGGCUUCCAAGGUCACACAUUUUACCAAUCAAGAAUUAUGAAUCAGAGAUGGAACUGAAUGAAAAUGUGAACAUUUUGGCUUUACUGACCUUACAACAGGUUCUACACUUCGCUGAUGACUACAUGUAUAACUAUCUCGACCAAAUUGAGAUGGGGAAAGUGAGACAGCUUCAUAUCAGGGAAUAAGUGAAAGACAAAUCACUCUGAUUGGACAGAAACUUGUAUGCUAAUUAUA